UGUGGUUUUAAUUUGCAUCUCUGAUGAUUAGUGAUAUUGAGCAUCUCUUCAUAUGUCUAUUGGCCAUCUGUAUGUCUUCUUUGGAGAUGCAUCUAUUCAGGUCCUUUGCCCAUUUUUAAAUUGGGUUGUUUGGUUUUUUGGUGUUGAGUUUUACAAAAUCUUUAUAAAUGUUGGAUAUUAGCUGCCUCGUCAGAUGUAUUGGCAAAUAUGUUUUCCCAUUCUGUGGGUUCUCUUUUUCUUUUGUUGAUGGUUUCCUUUGCUGUGUGAAAACUUUUUUGGCCCCAUCCAACCACCCACCCUUUCUUUCCCUAACCAGGUCUUUGGAGUGAAAACAGGGUCCCUUCAAAUUUUCAGAAGGGAUAGGGAACAGAAGAGGAAAAGAAUCUCACUUUUGAGAUAUGUGGUUAAGAUUCAGUUCAAUGUUCUGAUGAGAGCAAAAGGCAAGAUAGACCUAUUUUUGAAACACUGCACAUUAGGGGUUUCCAGCAAGGACAGAUAGCACUAAUGUAGACAAACUGUUAUGUAGCACAGUAACUAGAAAAUAAAAAAGGCUGUGCAAAAUACUCAAAACACUCUAUUAAUGAUUUUAUUAUUAUAAAUGGAUGCAAAAGUGCUGAGGGAUUAGUGGAAGGGGAUAUUGGUGGAAUAGGUACCUGUGGAGGGUCAAGCCAAACCCUGGAAAUGCUGAAGGCUUGAAACUCAUCUGACUUCAGAUCAAUCCUGGUGGUCUUUGUAAAGAAGGGGAACCUGAUUUGAGAUCAAUUCUUGGAGAACCCAAAGAAGUGUGGUGGCAAGUUCCAAGUGAUUGAACCAGCUGCCCUUUGACCCUGCCAACAACAACGAACCCCUGCAAUUUGGUAGUACUAGUGGCCCUCUGGUCACAGAAGGCCUCAUUGAGAAUGGAGGAGAGUCAAGCAAGAAAAGAAAGAGAACAAAUGCUCCUUCAGAAAUGACUAGAAACCUAUGUCCAUGGUUCAGAACCACACAAUGCAAAGAAAUUUUAUGUGGAUGUGGGUCUGUGAAAUAAGCAUUGAAGCUGAUAAUAGUAGAACUCUGAAUGUGGAUUCCACUGCAAUGACGCUUCCUAUGUCUGACCCAACUGCAUGGGCCACAGCAAUGAAUAAUCUUGGAAUGGCACCACUGGGAAUUGCUGGACAACCAAUUUUGCCUGACUUUGAUCCUGCUCUUGGAAUGAUGACUGGAAUUCCACCAAUAACUCCAAUGAUGCCUGGCUUGGGAAUAGUACCUCCUCCAAUUCCACCAGAUAUGCCAGUAGUAAAAGAGAUCAUACACUGUAAAAGCUGCACACUUUUCCCUCCAAAUCCAAAUCUUCCACCCCCUGCAACCCGAGAACGACCACCAGGAUGCAAAACAGUAUUUGUGGGUGGCCUGCCUGAAAAUGGGACAGAGCAGAUCAUUGUAGAAGUAUUCGAACAAUGUGGAGAGAUCAUUGCUAUUCGGAAGAGCAAAAAGAACUUUUGUCACAUUCGCUUUGCUGAGGAGUACAUGGUGGACAAAGCCCUUUAUCUUUCUGGUUACCGCAUUCGCCUAGGCUCUAGCACUGACAAGAAGGACACAGGCCGGCUCCACGUUGAUUUUGCACAGGCUCGAGAUGACCUCUAUGAGUGGGAAUGCAAACAGCGUAUGCUAGCAAGGGAGGAACGCCACCGUAGAAGGAUGGAAGAAGAAAGAUUGCGCCCACCAUCCCCACCUCCAGUGGUUCACUAUUCAGAUCAUGAAUGCAGCAUUGUUGCUGAAAAACUAAAAGAUGAUUCCAAAUUCUCAGAAGCUGUCCAGACCUUGCUUACUUGGAUAGAGCGAGGAGAGGUGAACCGGCGGAGCGCCAACAACUUCUACUCCAUGAUCCAGUCAGCCAACAGCCAUGUCCGCCGCCUGGUGAAUGAGAAAGCUGCUCAUGAGAAAGACAUGGAAGAAGCAAAGGAGAAAUUCAAGCAGGCCCUUUCUGGAAUUCUCAUUCAAUUUGAGCAGAUAGUAGCUGUGUACCAUUCUGCCUCCAAACAAAAGGCAUGGGACCACUUCACAAAAGCUCAACGUAAAAACAUCAGUGUUUGGUGCAAACAAGCUGAGGAAAUUCGCAACAUACAUAAUGAUGAAUUAAUGGGAAUCAGGAGAGAAGAAGAAAUGGAGAUGUCUGAUGAUGAAAUAGAAGAAACAACAGAAACAAAAGAAACUGAGGAAUCAGCCUUAGUAUCACAGGCAGAAGCUCUGAAGGAAGAAAAUGACAGCCUCCGUUGGCAGCUUGAUGCAUAUCGGAAUGAAGUAGAACUCCUUAAGCAAGAACAAGGUAAAGCCCACAGAGAAGAUGACCCAAACAAGGAACAGCAGUUAAAACUCCUGCAACAAGCCUUGCAAGGGAUGCAACAGCAUCUACUCAAAGUCCAAGAGGAAUACAAAAGGAAAGAAGCUGAACUUGAAAAAAUCAAAGAUGAUAAGUUACAUGUGGAAAAAAUGUUGGAAAACCUUAAAGAAAAGGAAAACUGUGCUUCUAGACUGUGUGCAUCAAGCCAGGAUAGUGACUACCCUCUUGAGAAGACCCUGAACAGCAGUCCUAUCAAAUCUGAACGUGAAGCAUUGCUAGUGGGGAUUAUCUCCACAUUUCUUCAUGUCCACCCAUUUGGAGCAAGCAUUGAAUAUAUCUGUUCCUAUCUGCACCGUCUAGACAGUAAGAUCUGCACCAGUGAUGUGGAAUGUCUCAUGAGCAGACUUCAGUAUACCUUCAAACAAGAAAUGACUGGAGUUGGAGCUAGUCUGGAGAAGAGAUGGAAAUUCUGUGGCUUUGAGGGAUUGAAACUGACCUGAAUCCAUCUGCCUAACAACCUGGGAUCCCUAAAAUAAAUGUGUGUUGGAAAAGCUUAGAAAGUGAUUUCUAUUUUCAAUGGUUUCCAAGUGAAAAUUGAUUUAAAUUGUUCAGUUCAUUCCUGACAUCUAUUUUGAUGUAAAACAAGGAUCCUACAGCACCUUGAGCUACAGGCCCUAAAAAAAAUUGACUCAAACCUCAAGUGCUGUAACUUCCUCCCUUUUUGUCCAUUGAUUGUCUUUGUUUUUAUUAGUAGUAUUGAAAAAAGCCUGAUUCUAAAGAGUAUUUGGAGUGUUUUCAGUGUUUGUGUUACAGUGUCUGUAGACUUUGGUAUUUUUAAAAACACCGUUAACUGAAAUAUUUUGAUUUGUGUGUGACUUGUGUUUCAAAAUUUCUCUUCAUGUUAGUGUUGCUGCAGGUGAAAGGAGUGUGAGGAGCUCUAGCUACUUCAUAACUGACAUCUUUCCAAUCCCUAGUAAGUGGAUAACACAUCAGUGUCUUCUGGAAGGUGUUUGACCAAGCACACCUUUUAAAAGACAAAGCAUGAUUUGUGGCUUUUACAAAAUUACUGUGAAGCAAAAGUUGACAACUGUUCCAAACUUAUUUUCUCUCAUAUAUCAGACAAAAAGUUUAUUUCAGAAUAUAAAAAGGUCUAGAUAUAUGUGCAGGAUACAAGUGUCCAGUAUGACUGGCAUAUGUACGUGCUAUUCAGAAUCACCUUGUAAAUAGUCUGCUUUUAAAGGAGGGCAUGUUUAGUUUUCUAAGAAUUAAAACACAUGUGUGCAUUGUGUACAUGUGCACACACACAUUAGCAAAAGGGAUUUAUUUUAAUAUGUUUCCCACCCGGCCUUCUUACAACAUCUGUUGGUCCCUUUUCUUCUGCUGUCAGUGUGUUGAAUUGCUAACCAUGUACUGCUGUAAAUGUUACGUUUACUUCAUGUUGAAUAUUUGCAAAGAGUUGAUAUGAGUAUUAAUAGAAAACUGUUGGUGAUGAAUAAAUAAUGGGCCAGGUUGUGUGAGGCUUCCUGCAAACACGUUAGUUCCACCUGGAGUGCCAGGGACACCUUCAGAUUGCAAUGGCAGUGUGGGUGGACCAGUCAUGAGGUCCUUCUUGAUGGGAGAAAAAGGGAAACAAUGAGGAUUUGAGGCUAAUACCCUGAGGUAGAGAUGAUCUUUUCUUUUGUAGUGUUGGUGGUGCUUGUAAUAAUACAAGUGUGCCCUCCUUUGAGUCUCGAUUCAAAAUAACUGAAUAUACUAAGUAAGCAAAGCUGAUGAACAGUAUUUCAGGAAAAUGCUUUGUAAAUGGGAUGUCAGUAGUGUUCAAAGUUGUAUUUUUAAAAGAUAAAUAUUCAUUUUUAUACCUCAAUUUGGUGUUCUGUUUUGAAUUACUUGCUCUCUAAGUAAUCCUUCAGUAAAUCAUCUCAGCUUCUUCCUUUCAGUUACCAGGAUGUUGUAAGAACAUGCUAAACCAUCUGUCUUGACAACUAGAAAUAGGGUUCCAUGGCAGCACAUUCAUGCUGAAAGCUGGCUUUCCUUAAGCACCCAGCUGUGGCACCAGCAGGAAGCUGGGGUUAUUUUUACACUAGCUGCUUCACUGAAGCAUCUCUGCCAUCAACACUACAGAAGGAUUUGAUUCAUCUGUUUAAGAGGUCCUAGAAUGUAUUAUUUUAACAAUAUUAAGAAAAUCAAGGGAAAUUUGCCACUAAUGAACUAUAUCUUCUUUAAAUAAGUUAAAUAAAAUGAAAUUUUAAAGCUACAACUGCCACAACCAAGCCCCUUGCUCUCCUUCACUUAAUCUAUUUGUACUAUAAAUGGUCUCUUGCUAGUAUUUCUGCCAAUUUAGUACAGGUAUACGUACUUCAGCCUGCUUACAUGUACUAGUCAUGAUGGUUAAUUUUGUGAGUCAACUUGGCUAGGCAAUAGUGCCCAGUAGCUUGGUCAAACACCAGUCUAGAUGUUGCUGGGAAGGUAUUUUUGAGAUAUAAUUAACACUGAAACCAGCAGACUUUUAGUACAGCAAACUACCAUAUUUUGCCAUAUAACAUGCACACUUUUAGCUCACAUUUUUGAGGGAAAAAGAAGGAUUUGCAUUAUACAUGGAUAGCGAUCACAUACCAUAAUUCCAUGUAUAAUGCGCACAAAUGUGUGUGUACAUUAUACAUGACAAAAUGAUAUCCUUCAUAAAGUAAUUGGGUCUCAUCCAAUCAAUAAGAGGCCUUAAGAGAAAAGAUUGAAGUCUUCUGAGGAGAAAGUAAUUGCUACUCCAGAUUGACUUUGGACUAAAGACUGCAGCAUUAACAUCUGCCAGAAUGAUUUGCAGACCACUGGCCAGCCCAACAAAUUUCAAAUUUGCCAAUCCCCAUAAUCACAUGAGCCAAUUCCUUAAAAUAAAUCUCUCAUGUGUGCUUAUGCACACACACAUACACACAUCUCAUUGGUUCUGUUUCUUUGGAGAAUCCUGACAAAUAUACUAGUUCAGAGUAGUUAUAAUAUGUAAAAAUAGGAUGUUUGGAUUAUAUUACAUAUUCAAAUUGUAAUACAUACCAUCUCCCACAAA